GCACAAGUUGCGGAACACACACACACAAGCAAGAUGACACUGACGUGGUUCAACAGCUUUGACCGGCUGUUUGUUCCACUGCUGAAGGAGGUCCCCAAGCAUGCAGUCGCUCACAGCCACCAGCUUCUGCUGCGUGGCGGAUACAUCUGGCAGGCGGGCUCGGGGCUGUAUGCGCUCUUGCCCAUGGCAAACCGCGUUGUGCAGCGCCUCCAGUCGCUGGUGCGCGCAGAGCUCAACGCCAUCGGCUCGCAGGAGUGCGUCCUGCCAGCCAUCACAGACAAGCACCUGUGGCAGCAGUCUGGCCGAUGGCAAGAGGCCGGGGACGAGCUGUUCCGGCUGGAGGAUCGCAAGGGCGCCGCGUACUGCCUCGCCGCAACCCACGAAGAAACGGUGACGGCUCUCGUGUCAUCGCUGGUGUCCUCGCAUCGGUCGCUUCCGCUCUACCUGUACCAGAUGCAGCCCAAGUACCGCGACGAGAUGCGGCCCCGCUACGGCCUGCUGCGUUGCCGCGAGUUUAUGAUGAAGGACAUGUACACCUUCGACAGCAGCGAGCAAGAUGCGCGCGCCACAUACGCCAAGGUCGUGGAGUGUUACCAGCGCAUCCUCCAGCGCUUGGGCGUCCCCUUCGCUAAAGUGCAGGCCGACACGGGCCUCAUCGGUGGUUCCCUAUCUCACGAGUUCCAGAUCAAGGCGGAAAUUGGCGAGGAUGAGCUCAUCUUCUGCGACACGUGCAACCAGGCCGCAAACAUCGAGAAGAUCGAUGGUUUGAUCGAUGCGUGUCCACACGCGUCUCCAUCGCCAAGCACAUCGCCACGGCCGCCCUCUGCAUCGUGUUCGUGGACCACGUCAAAGGGGAUUGAAGUUGGCCACGCGUUCUUGCUCGGCACCAAGUACAGCACCGUCUUUGACGCCGCCUUUCUGGACGCAGACUCGCAAAGACAGGACAUUCAUAUGGGCUGCUAUGGACUUGGACUCACACGGAUGCUCAGCGCCGUAGCGGAAGCGCAACACGAUGCCGAGGGGCUGAUCUGGCCAAUUGCCAUGGCACCGUUUGUCGUCUCGAUUGCGUCUGUUGGACGCAUGAACACGUUUAAGGAUGAGAAGUGCCGUGCGCUGUAUGAAGUGCUGAACAGUCGACCUGAACUGUCGGACCUCAUCGUAUUAGACACGAGGGACAUGUCACCACGGCACAAGCUGGCCAACAGCCGCAUGGUUGGCAUUCCCUUCACUGUUCUCGUCGGCGAUUGGUUUGACUCUGAGCACCUAGAGGUGUAUGCGCGCACGUCGCACGACAAGCAGGACAUGUCCGUGGAAGAAUUCGUGUCCCUCCUCUCCUCCCCUGCACUCCACAACACCAGCCAGAUCGGAUAUGCGUAGCGUUUGGCGUGUCUCGCAGUCCUUGCAUGGACGACACGCGCAAGGCCAUAUGGUCAGCGCCCCCCCCCCUUGCCGUGUUCCGCUCACAUAUGCGCGCACGUGCGAUUGAUGCUUCUGUACACAACAUUUUGGCGCUUGCACGUUGCAUUGCAGUUGUGUUAUUGUCGUCACACCACAACUUGGUCACAUUUAGAGAGUCGAGCCAGCAGUGAAAAAACAAGCGUUUCUCAUGAACAACGCCACACACACACCACACACAACAUGAAAAAGGGGCAAUUAAAGGUCAGAGAUAAGGUGCCCAACCAAUGUACAUCUGGCACAGUUUCUCCGGGUCUGUUGCUUCUUCGAUUAGUUUGUGUACCUGAAUUCACAGCACAGCAACGCAAGUGUGAAACAAGCAUCAUUCAAAAAGGG